AUGCAGGGCUGGAGAAUUACGAUGGAGGAUGCGCAUGCCGCCAUCCUCGAUCUCCAAGCCAAGUAUAGAUCCAAAACUUCCGAACCUACUUCACCCGACCAGCGGCUGUCGUUUUUCGGUGUCUAUGACGGACACGGCGGAGAUAAAGUAGCUCUUUUCGCGGGAGAGAAAGUGCAUCAGAUUGUCGCAAACCAGGAGGCGUUUGCGAAGGGUGAUAUCGAGCAGGCGCUAAAGGACGGGUUUCUAGCCACUGAUCGUGCUAUCCUUGAUGAUCCGAGGUAUGAGGAGGAGGUCUCUGGGUGUACGGCAUCAGUGGGAGUCAUUUCUCGUGAUAAGAUCUGGGUGGCCAAUGCUGGCGAUUCCCGAACCGUCUUGGGCGUAAAAGGACGAGCGAAACCACUCUCCUUUGACCACAAGCCUCAGAAUGAAGGCGAGAAGGCGCGUAUAAGUGCUGCAGGCGGAUUUGUUGAUUUUGGAAGGGUUAAUGGCAAUCUCGCCCUUUCGCGGGCUAUUGGCGAUUUUGAAUUCAAAAAGAGCGCCGAGCUGUCCCCUGAACAGCAGAUAGUCACCGCAUACCCCGACGUCACAACACACGAGAUUACAGAGGACGACGAAUUUCUGGUGAUUGCUUGCGAUGGUAUCUGGGAUUGUCAAUCGUCCCAAGCAGUCGUCGAGUUUGUCCGAAGAGGGAUUGCGGCCAAGCAAGAUCUGUACCGCAUCUGCGAGAAUAUGAUGGACAACUGCCUGUCUUCAAACAGCGAAACCGGAGGUGUGGGAUGUGACAACAUGACAAUGGUCAUUGUCGGCCUUCUUCACGGAAAGACGAAAGAAGAAUGGUACAACACUAUUGCGGAGCGAGUUGCUAACGGCGAUGGUCCUGUUGCUCCUCCGGAAGUUGCAGCUGAAUUCCGCGGACCUGGUGUCCGUCCUGGCACACGCCAUCAGUUUGACGAAAGUCCGGACGACUACGAUUUAGACACGGAUAGUAAUAGUCGACGGGCUUUUGGAGUUCGAUCAGGACGAAUCAUCUUACUCGGGGACGGAACGGAAGUGCAUACGGGUCAGGAUGAGGAUGAUUUAUUUGAUGCCACUGAAGAAGAAGACGAGGAGAAAGAUGUCGUCCAGAAACAGGUACGAAAUAGCACCGCUAACUCGGGGCUUGAUGCCGUUCGAGGCCAUCGUGAAGACACUCCUGGACCCGAGCUUACGCAGAAACCCGCUGUUCAGAAUGCCGAGACUGCUCCGGUGUCCGCCUCGCCGGCCUCGAUCAACACAGAAACGAGCAACGACGAAAACAAAGCUGCCAAAUCCUAG